AUGGUCGGAAAGACCUAUCUACGCUAUGUGGUCGGUCCACAGGGAGGGGCACUAGCUAGUAAUGCCUCCCUGACGAUGGACUCUGCAGUGAUUAGGCCGGACUACGCUCUGUUUACUCGUGGAGGCAAUGGGCGCCGUGGGGGAAAGGAGCAGCAACACUUACCAGCGGCAGCCCUGUCGGUCCUCUUCGUCCCCUCGUUGGAGGCGGUCCGCGUCUUUUCAGUGCGCAGCGGAGCCUUAAUGCACACGCUAAUCCCUGCUGAAGCCAAACUCCCGCUUGAGGUGACCUGUCUUCAGGUGGUGUCGCUCGAUGCUGGGGACGGUGCGCCUGGGCCGCACGGCGGCCUCGCCAUUGUGAAGCCGCAGAAAAGCAUCGAACAGCAUGGCUGGCUCCUGACGGUUGGCUAUUCCAACGGCUACGUCGCGGUGUUUUCCUGCGGCCCCAUGAACAACUACGGCGCACCGGUAUGCCGCUUUUACGCGCUUGGCCACAAGGUGGACACGAGGGUCCUGGCGCUGGCUGUCGACGCCGGACGGAUGACUCUGUGCAGCGCCGGCCAGGACACGGACAUCACAGUGUGGGACCUCGUGAGCCAUGAGGCAGAUUUUUCCCUAAGUGGUCACCGCGGCGGCGUCGUGUCGCUCUUCCUGCCGCCGAGGGCAAGCGAACUCCUCGUUAGCGCGAGUGCGGAUGGUCUGAUGAAGGUGUGGAAUGUAGCGCUGCGGCAGUGCGUUCAGACAAUUGUCGCCUCCGAUGCACAAAUCACCACCAUGGUGGCAGACUGCGAGGGCCUGCGGCUUUACUGCGGCCUGCGUGAGAGCGUAAUCAAAGUGUAUAAGUUAAAUUACGGCAAUGGUGAUGAAAAUUCCUUAACCGCGGUCAGUAGGGCAACCGCUGCGGCGUCAAUCUCUGGAAAGGAUACUGAAAGUAGUUUUAUCGUUGAUAAUGGUUCAAUCGCGCGCCGAUACUACAAGCCGAUCACAGCACUGAAAUUCUCACCAGACUCGAACUAUAUGCUAGCAUGCACGAGCAAAACAGUGGAGGUGUUCCGCAUGCUAAGCGCUGAGGGUGUGCGGAAAAAGGUUACUCGGAAGAAGAAGCGCCAGCGUGAAGCGUUGGGGAGGCGACAGGGACGUCAAAUUGAUGAAUCACACGAAGACAUAACGAGAGAGGGUGACCCUUUGAAGGAUAGCAAUGGACUCAACAUGGAACCCCUAAAGCGGCGCACACACAAACGGGUGAGGGAGACCAAGGAUAGCGAUAAGAGUGAAGGCGACGCACCAGAGAGCGCCUCAGAUGAGGAAAAUGGAGAAAGGCAUUACGCCACCGCUUCAGAGGAAGUCGCGUUACUUCGGACUUUCUUUCUUACCGAACACAAAGUGCGGGCCGCCUGCUUUGUUCCGAUGCCACAAGCCUUGCACGACGCCAACGAUGAUGACGCCAGCGACAUGCUUCAUAUUGCGGUUCUUUUCAACAACAACUCAAUUAAAACUUACACAACACGCCUGAUGUUGAACGAUGCGGAGGGCUCAGCGACGUGGUCCCUUGAGGACCUCAAAGUUCGUUACACACUCGGGCAGCAAGUCCAUCAGAGUGAAAUCAGAGCUCUCAGUUUCGUGGACAACGACUCCGCGCUCCUAUCACUAAGUAAGGAAAAGUUGCUCUUGUGGAGACUUUCAGUGAAGGGGGACCUUCUCGAGCGUGAGCACUUAGAUGAUCAUGACUUUUACGACUCCAAGGAAGCCAACCUGUCGCGCAUCACCUUCAAGGGAUCCCUCAAGUGCUAUAAUAGCAGUGUGGACUGGGAGGAGACUGGAGAUGCCGCCGCAGAGGCAGUCUCAAUGGCAGCAAUCUCCUCGAGUCUCUGCUGUGUAGGCCUCAACAAUGGCACCGUGUGUUUGGCGGAUGCGACGGCUUCGGAAAUCACGUUUGUAGAGCCACUAUUCCAUGUUGGUGGUGUGAGGACUGUUGUGGAGCGCCCAGACAAGUCUGGAUUUCUAACACUUGGUUCGGACCGCCGUGUGGUAUUGUGGACGCUGGGAUUAGUGGCGGCGGGUCUCGAGAACAAUGGAGACAAUCGUGCCUCAAAGCCCAGCAGCUCCACGAAUCUGAAGCGAGUCACAUUACUGCUAUCUACGGAGAUUGAGCUUGCAGAACUUCCAUUAUUUGCGAAGCUUAGUUCAGAUGAGAAGUUCCUGGGCGUGGGCCUGAAAAACCACAACAUUCAGCUUUUUUUUGCUGACACUCUGAAGCCGUACUUAUUGCUCUUUGGGCACAAACUUCCGCCGACUUCGCUAUCCUUCUCGACGGAUGGGACUCUAGUUGCCUCUGUUGGGAUGGAUAAGUCCCUGCGUUUCUGGGGCACCGACUUCGGUGACUGCCAUCGCGCCAUCCACGCUCAUGACGAUUACAUCACACAGGUUGAGUUCGUGAAGGACACCCACUACGUCUUUACGGUUUCCAUGGAUGGCUCAGUAAAACAGUGGGACGGUGAUAACUGGACGAUGAUUCAGCUCUUCCGACAGCACCAACGCGGCCUAUGGGCCAUCGCGAUCACACGAAAUGGUACCUGUGUUGUGACCGCGGGGGUUGAUAAGUGCAUUCGGUGUCUCCUGCGCACGCAGGACAUCGUCUUCCCCGCGGAGGAAGAGGAGCGGAUGGCGCAGGAGGCCAUGGAUGACGAGGUGGCCCAGCGGGCAACCCUGCAGAAGCUCGCCCAGCAGCAGCACGACGGGUUGGAGGCGACACUUGCGGGUCAGCAGACCGCCGCUACCGCGGAGGCUGCAGAGCGGCUGAUGGAGGCCCUCGAUCUGGUUAGUGUGGAGCUUCAAAGGCAGCAGAACAAGGAGGACAUCACGACCACACGGCAUCCUUUGCUGGCUAGCUGCACAGAGUGGGCGUAUCUCUGGUCGGUGAUUGAGAGUAUUCGGCCCAGUGAGCUGCGUCACGUGCUUUCUUGCUUGACAAGCAUUCAUGUGCAUGCACUGCUGGACUACCUGGAUGGGAUGGUCGAGAACAAGGCGGUGCAGAGUUACGAAAUCGUGGCUAAGAUGUUGCUGGCCUUAGUGAUGCCCGCCCCAGGGGAAGCAUCGAGUAGUAUAGGGCUGCGCAUGGCUGCCAUUCAUGGCGAUAUAUCCGAGGUCCACGGUGCACGCCGUCUGGAGAAGUUGCGCCGGGUCAUCUCAUACGGCCUCGACCAGACUGUCAGCCGCAUAGAUUACAACAUCGCCGCCUUACAGAUAAUACGAAGGCACAUGGUGGAGGCUGAUAAGUUAAAGUUCUUCGAUCUCAGCAAAAUACAGGGCUAUAAGAAGAAGUACCACAGUCGAAUGUUACCACUGGCGAAUGGAAACGAGUGA